AUGGCGCAGAUCUCGCAGGAGUCUCUCGACAAGGGUGUCAUCUGCUCAUCCGCGGGUAACCACGCGCAGGGCGUCGCGCUCGCCGCCAGGCAGCUCGGAUGCGACGCGGUGAUCUGCAUGCCGGUGACGACCCCGGGCAUCAAGGUCGAGGCGGUGAGGAGGCUCGGCGCCACCGUCGCGUUGGAGGGGGAGAACUACGACGCGUGCCAGGCGUACGCCAAGCGCCGCGCCGAGGAGGAGGGGAGGACGUUUGUGCCGCCGUUUGACGAUCCGCUCGUGGUGGCGGGGCAGGGUACGGUCGGCAUGGAGGUGGUGCGCCAGCUUCCCAGCGUGGAGUACGUGUUCGUUCCAGUCGGCGGCGGCGGUCUCAUCGCGGGUAUCGCCGCGUACAUCAAGUCCAUCCGGCCGGACGUGAAGGUCAUCGGCGUGGAGCCGGAGGGUGCCAACGCGAUGCUGCAGUCGCUCUUCCACGGCAAGAUCUGCAGGCUGAACAAGGUGGACGGGUUCGCCGACGGCGUGGCGGUUCGGCAGGUUGGGGACGUGUGCUUCGACCUCUGCCAGCAGCUGGUGGACGGGGUCAUGACGGUCAAGACGGAUGAGAUCUGCGCGGCGAUCAAGGACGUCUUCGAGGAGACCCGAUCCAUCCUCGAGCCCGCGGGCGCGGUGGCGGUCGCGGGGGCCAAGCUGUACGGGCAGGUGCACGGGAUCGAGGGUAAUGUGGUGGCCAUCACGUCGGGCGCGAAUAUGAACUUUGAUCGCCUGCGCGUCGUGUCUCAGCUCGCCGACGGGGGUCUGAAGCAGGAGGCUACCCUGCUGAGCAUCAUACCUGAGCGCAACGGCUCGUUCAAGCACUUCGUCGAGCUCGUCGGUACCGACGUGAACUUUACCGAGUUCAAGUACAGGGUCACCGAGUCUGCGGAUGCCGUGGUGCUCUACUCCGUCUCGGUGGAUGACGAGAAGGACCUCGAGGCCUGCAUAAAGAACCUGAGGGAGAACGGCAUCAACACCGAGAACCUGACCGAGGACGAGGCCACCCAGCUGCACCUCAGGCACAUGGUGGGCGGGUCGACAGGGGUGAGCAACGAGCGCUGCUAUAAGGUGGAGAUUCCCGAGCGCGCGGGUGCGCUCGAUACGUUCCUCAACGCGGUAUCCCCCAAGUUCCAGAUCACCAUGACGCACUACCGCUCGGACGGCACUGCGCAGGGUAAGGUGCUCUUCGGCAUCAAGGUGCCAGACACGGAGCGUCCGGCGCUAGAGCAGGCGCUCAACAGCACGGAGAUGCAGUGGGAGGAUAUGACCGAUACCAUGGCGUUCAAGCUGCUGUACGGGUGCGAGAGGUCUGGCGCUUGUGAGAUAAACUUUGGAGCUGACGAGAAGCUCACGCCGCCGUGAAACUGUGUUGAUUUUUUAUUCAACUUGAUUCUUUGUUCCCACUACAA